CAGGCUGAAAGACUUGGAAUCGUUGAGCUUGGCCCAAAACCAACUGAGCGGCCCCAUUCCCGCGGAGCUGAGUGAGCUGAAGAGCUUGACGUCGCUGGACCUGUCGGAGAACCGCCUGACGGGCCCUUUGGAUGCGGGACUUGGGAGCUUGGCGCACUUGGAAAAGAUGGUGCUUACCCGCAACCAGCUGACGGGUCCGAUUCCACCUGAGCUCGGGCAGCUGAUGCGCUUACACGAGCUUGGACUCUCCGAAAAUCAGCUGACGGGUCGCAUUCCGGGCGAACUUGGCCGACUGAAGAACUUGGAAAGCCUCUCGCUGGGCCAAAACCAACUGACAGGAGAGAUCCCACAUGAACUGCGUCUACUCAAACGCUUGGAAUUGUUGGAUCUGUCGGAGAACCAGCUGAGUGGUGCACUUCCCGCGGAACUGGGUGAGCUCGAACACUUGGAUUUGUUUGCAGCCCAUGGAAACCAGCUGAGUGGUGCAAUUCCUGCCGCGCUAGGCAAGUUGCAGAAACUAAGAAACCUUUAUUUGAACCAAAACCAAUUCACGGGUGAGAUUCCACCUGAAUUUGGCCAAUUCAAAGUGAUGGAAUCACUGUCCGUUUCCAGGAAUCUUUUGACUGGUGAGAUUCCCCGCGAACUUGGCCAACUCGACAACCUGCAGGAACUCUUCCUCUAUUCAAACCGCUUCACUACAAUCUCAGUCGCAUUCAACUCGUCUGCUUUGAGACUCCUUGAUGCCAGUCGAAACCAUCUCAGAGGUGUUCUUGGGAUGCAACUCAUGACGCCAAAACUCCAAAUAUUGGAUUUGAGCCACAACAAGUUAGCUGGAGAGAUUUCCAGCAUUACAGAUUAUUUUUGUGCAUUAAAUCCCAGAGGCGGAGUCUUGCAAGAGCUGCGCUUGAAUCACAACAAACUCACAGGUCAACUACCGCCGUGCCUCAUGAAGUUUGAGAACUUGACUUUUCUAGCUCUCAAUGACAAUCGUUUCACUGGAACUUUGCCCGAAAUUGAAGCAUUAGAGCUUGCGGUCUUGACCCUGCACAGGAAUGGUUUUACGGGUUUUCUUCCAAAGACCUUGUACAGUCUGAGGCACCUUGGAGUUUUGACGCUUCAUGAAAACUCGAUCGGAGGAAGCAUUGAUGGCCUCAAUUUGAGUGUCCCGUGCCUGGAUAACUCCAGGUUCAGAUUAUUUGAGAUCAUGACCUGCCAAGAUUGCUUUGCGGUUGCUGUGCACUUAACAAGCAAUCAACUUCGACAAGCAGAAGCCAACUGCCCCAAACUCUUCAACACCUGCCCCACCACAGGUCUGGUAAAUGUCACCUUGCACCGGAAUCGCUUCUCGUGUGCCAUUCCGAACAGUAUUAGCAACAUGGACGUUUCUGGCUUAGUGAUGAUGGGCAACAUGCUCGGGGAUGGAAGCCCUUUGAAUGCUCCUUGGAUCUCGAAGGAAGAACAUCAACCCUUCCUCUACUAUUCUCCCAAUAUCUGGAAGUCCAAUGUGUUCAUCUUGACUGGUUUGUCCUUGAUGAUGACCAUUCUUCUUGUGUGCCAGCUCAUGCUUCAAAGAAGACUUCAAGAGCUGUCCCGAAGAUUAGACUUGGACGCCAGAGCGCGCGUGGUUUCAUCAAGCUUGGCACUGAUAAAGGCUGCAGUGUUCGCCUUCCUAUUGGCCAGUCCACUUCUGUUGAUCUUCUAUUUCGGUGGCAAAUACUACAACUGCAACCCGCCCCUGUUGCAAAUAACAGCUGCAGAUUUCUAUGCAGAGCCGUUGAUGGAGCUUGGUGUCAUCAUCUGCUGGUGCUCGAUGCAGCUGUUUUUUUGUAGCAUCUCGGCCGACAUUCCGAAGCCUACUUGCCAGAAGCCCAAGCGCGUCUUCAGUUGCAAAAGGAAGCUUGCCAGACUUGCAGUGUGGAGCAUUUGGAUCUGCAUCGUAAGCCUUUUGUCCCUGCCAUCGAUUUUCUACACUUUUGCCCAGUCGACGCCGGCAGAGAACGCAUGGGAACUCGAUGACAACAUGUUGAAGUUCUUCCACAAAACUGCUGCAGUGCAAGCUGUCAUCAUUGAUAUGGUGCUGGCCGUCCCAAUCUCCAGCAAGUUUUCGAAGCUCACUGGAGUCAAAGCAGACCGAUUGCUGAUGACCUUCCGGUUGUUUUCCGCGUGGCUUUUGGCCCUGCUCGUUACGACCGCUUUGAACGAGAACUGCUUGGGUGGCUGGAAGCUAGCGUGGAGAGUGUGCCGACAAGGAUCAGUGGAGCACAACAAAUUCAACUGGAGGAUCUAUGACGAAGAGAUCUUGAACACCUCCCGAGACCUUUGCAAACUCAGCGAGACUUGGUGGUUUGAUGGCCGAUGCAGCCGCGCCAUCGUGGGGAGCUUGACCCCAUUUCUCUUACAAAAGCUCUUGACGCGGAGUACAUUGCAACCCUUGGUCUUGUGGUUCUUGUGGCACUUCUCUCGAUUGGAACCUCCUGGAGACCCACGAGAAGGGCAACAUCGGAGGGUGUUUGGCGUUUGGCCCAAAACGACCAAAUCUCUGCUGCCCUUGCAACAAAUGGCAUUGCUCACAACACAGAUGGAACUUUUGAUGUUUUGGUCACCCUACGUUCCUUUACUUUGCCUGGGCAUUCUGGCUGCAGCCGUCACGAACCUAUUGAUGUUUGACCUCGGUACUCGCGUCUACCAUGUGGAACUCCCUUCAGACGUGGUCAACGAGGGUGCUGCAUUGUCAGCCUCAUACUUGCGGCUUGCAUUGAGAGCCGGAUCGCUGUUCCAGCUUUGGCAUGCAUUUAGCACCCAGAUGUUUGGACGAUAUUUGUUGCUGGCCGUUCAUCUGGCAGUCCUGGGACCCUGGGCGAAGUGCUUUCUGCCCGUGAGCUUUGUGAAGCGACGUCUUUGGAGCUUAACUGAAAGCACUGAGGCGCAACUGAUUGAACUCACACGGAUGGAGAGUAUCUUCGUUCCCGCUGCGCACUGAUGGAAAGCAACAAAAAACACGCUUCUGAACAUGUCUUGCACGCCUUAGAAGCGAGCUUAUGUGAAGUGUCCUUCGAGCGUACGACCUCUCACCUUGGACGUGGAGAUGCUCGUGAGUUGCAAAAGCAACGCCGUUUCUUCUUUUGACACGCGGUUUCAGUGACGGGCCCAGCGAUGGACGAUGAAUGUGGCGCUCCAGUCUGAAGAUCCUGGUACGGUCCUGCUGGUGAAAGAUGGUGAAAGGGAAGCGGCUGGCCAAACACGUCGUGUGUUUUUUUGCAAACACUUUUGGGGAGCCAACAUGUUUUUGCACUGGCCCAUUUUCGUUGUAGGACCGCGCAGAUUUGGGCGGUGAUUUGGUCAAUCGAGGUAUCAUUCCGUGGGUCUUCAGAGAACAGAAGCUCCCAACGGGAUUUUAACGCAGAAGCUCCCACACACCAAGCGGACGGACUGUCGUGUUGAAGGUUUUCCAAGUCGUUUCACGUGUUGUGCACGUGAACAGUGAACAGGAACCGUCCGUGAACAUGUUCCGACGUCUGCCCUGGCGCUCUGCCCCCAUCCGUGGUGGGGAACAACUGAACCCUCCAAACGUGGACUGGAGACUGGAGACCCGUUUUGGCCGGUACGGGAAAGCCGGUCCAAAAGAAGCUCUAUAGUUCUGUCCUGGAACAGAAGCUAGGUAUCAUCUCAUUUCGCAUCAGAGACGCUGGCGCCAAGAAUGGAUGUGUUUGUGUGUUUUUUGGAGUGAAUCAAACCCAAAGGCUUCGCAAAGACCCGGGGAGGCGACUCUUUUGUGUGUCCAACAGAAAGCUUCCCCUA